UGUGCCACCGGGCGAAUAAGGUGGAACUCGUUUUUAAUGGUGUAUUUCGGAUUUUCGUAAGGCACGGAGAAAGAAGUUUUACAAGAGGUUGUGGAAGACUCGGUGGGAUUAGAUAUGUAGGAGACUCGGGUGUGGAUUGGUCUUUUAGGACUGCGAACCCAAAAGAUGGUGGUACUAUCAAAAGAAUAUGGGUACGUGGUGCUGACUGGUGCGGCCAGCUUUGCCAUGGUCUCCUUCCUUGCUUAUAAAGUCGCAGCUGCUCGUAAGAAGUACAAUGUGGAAUACCCUGUAAUGUACAGUGAUAAUUCUGAGGAUGGACACAUGUUCAACUGUAUUCAACGUGCUCACCAAAAUACAUUAGAGAUUUACGCACCAUUCCUCUUCUUCUUGGCAACUGGUGGAAUUCGGUACCCACAUCUAGCUAGUGGACUUGGAGGAAUUUGGAUAAUUGGAAGAGUUGUUUAUGCAUAUGGCUAUUACACUGGGGAUCCGAGUAAGAGAGUUCGUGGUGGAUUUAGCUCGUUGGCUUUCCUGGGACUGAUGGGAAUCUCCAUAUCAUUUGGGGUUCACAAACUGGGGUGGGGUAGGAAUUGUGGCAAAUAUUAAUCCUGAAUAAACUUGUGAAAGGUGAAUACUUGAUUUGCAGAAUGUAUAGUUUCAACAAUAUUAACUCUUCACAGCAAUCUAUUUGCUUCUAAUGUUUGUAUAUUGAACCUUUUAUAAAGAGCAAAUGAAGUUACCACAUAGUUGUUU